AUUAUAAUAAUUUUGAUUAAUAGAACUAAUAAUAAUAGCGAAUAAAAUAUGGUAAGUUUUAUUUCUCGUAUUUUUAAUAUUAGUGCGGAUUCAAUAUCCGUACCUACUGACCACAGUCUAACUUUAUCAGUAGGUUCAAAAAGAAGAAUAAUAAAUAUAUUAUAUGGAACUAUUCACUUAUUAUAGUACGGACGCGGAGUACGAAGAAUUUCGCACACCGACUCCCCAUAUUUUGUCUUUGUCGCUCGCAUAUAAACAUAUUUAAUAAUAUAUUCAAUUUUAAAAAUAAUAAAUUCAAUUUUCUGUUCAGGAUCAAUGCAAUUGUGUCCAACGUAGCUUCAAAAACACGAAUUUUGGUCGAAAAUGUGAACACAAAUAAGGUAGAGUGCUUCAACAGCGUAAUAGCAAAAUUUACUGGAGGCAAAAGAAUAAAUUUUGCUUUAAAAGGUGGCUACCAAGGAAGGUGUGCAGCCGCCGUUGUUUCGUUUAACACGAAAGCUGCAGUAUCAACAAUUCAAACUGUUAACUUACUUAAAAGGUAACACUUCUGGAGGUAAAGCAAAAGAAAUUGAAGAACGACGUGCAAAAAAACGAAAAUUAAAUAUGGAAAACCCAGUAAAGAAACGAAGAGUGCUAAAAGACUUAAACAAUGGGCAAAACGACUAUGGUUCAACCUGUUCAGCACCUGAUAUGUCGCCAAAAGAAUACGAAACAGCAAAGAAAGAAUUUCUAAAAAAUUUAGAAACUGUUACAUCUGACAGACACAAGGUAGAAAGAUCUACGAUACUGCAGAGAGACAGCGGCGAGUGGCUUGAAAUCAGAAAAAGCCUAGUAACUGCUUCAAACUUAGGCCUUAUAUGCAAAAGAAAAGUAACCUCAAGUACAGCUCCUCUCGUAAAAAACUUACUUAACAGAAAAAAUUUGUCCCAUGUCACGACUGUUGCACACGGAGUCGUGCAUGAGCAACAAGCUUUGCAGCAAUUACAACAGCAGGAAGGUGUUAUCAUUGCACCCUGUGGUUUAUUUAUUGACAAAGAUUACCCUUUUAUAGGGGCAACGCCUGACGGCUUAAUUGGACAUGAUACUAUUGUCGAAGUCAAGUGUCCAAUUGCAGCAUAUAAAAAAGGACUUUCUACUGCAGUAGAAGAAAACAAGAUACGAAUUUUAAAGUAUAAUAAAAAUACUAAAACAACCACAAUUAAUAAAAAAAUUAACUGGUAUCGCCAAAUACAAGGUCAGUUGCACGUAUCAGAACGACAAAAGUGUCUUUUGGCCAUAUGGGCAGGCGAGAAUGAAAAAAUAUACACACAAUUGAUAGAAAAGGAUGAUGUAUUUUGGAACACUAAUAUGAAACCUAAAUUAUUAACAUUUUAUAUAAAUUGCUUGCUGCCUGAAAUAAUAGACAGUAGAAAUGCAAGGAGUAUGCCCAUUAGAGACAUAUCAAGUCAAAAGGAAUAUGAAAAGCUUGCCAUAGAUCCCCCUAAUCCUAGCUCUGAUAACCCUGAUGAUUCAAUGCCGGCACAAAGCACACGCUAAUUAAAAUUUAAUGAGUUUUAAAAUAAUUUUGAUACUAGUUUAAACUAAGCAACGCUACAUGUCAAACCUUACACUCGUACACAGCUAAAAAUGAAUAAUCUAAAUUAUAUUUUUAACCGACUUCCAAAAAAGGAAGAGGUUCUCAAUUCGACUGCAAUGU